CGGGCUUCCGCUAGCAGGUUGGGUUGCGCUGGAGCCUGUGUGAGCACCGUCGGCAGUAAAGUUCCCAAAUAAAAGCUGUUUGUGUUUUGGCCGCGGCGGGGGCCAUCUUAGGUGUGCGAGGAUGAGUGUCGAGUUAAUGAUGGCUUGUGGCCCCGCCUCUUCAUACCACUGAUUAUGCUGCUUGACCUGCUGAGUAUCUCCAACAUUUUCUAUUUUUAUUUUGUAUUUGGAUUGCUGGCAGGCUACAGAUUAGUUGAAAAAGAAAGUGCCUCUUCACUUCCAACAGCUCCAGGGUGGGUCAAGGGGCUCAGUUGAAACUAAGCUGGCUCUCUGUAAACUGGACCAUGAAAAUACAGAAGAAAGAGAAACCGCCUUCCACUUCAAAGACUUCCAAGCAUCCUCUGACACCCAGUGCCUCACCAGUUGGUGAACACACAGUACAGCUCUCUCACACCAGUACCAAGGACCAACCAAGCCCACACAGUCCAGCCAGCACUCCAGAAGCUGCUGGUUAUCUGGUCGAGACCAGCAGCAAAAAAGUUGCACAUGGUACACAAUUGGAUGUGAGUGUGGACCAACCACUGCCUCUUACCAAGGCUGAGGAUGUCAGUACAGGGAUUAAGAAAAAAAGAAAGAAAAAAGAACCAAAGGAGGAAGUGAGUGGUGAAACGGUAACUGGUGCACCCAAACCAAAGAAGAAGAGAAAGGAACCCAAGGGUGACAAGGAACCGAAAGAGGGCAAAGGAGCAAAAGAGCCCAAGGGCUCCAAAGGGUCAAGGAGCCGUGGAGAGCCUAAGGAACCUAAAGGUACCAAGGGGGCCAAAGAGCCCAAGGAACCCAAGGGUGCCAAGGAACCCAAGCAGCUGAAAGAGCCAAAAUGUAAAUCCAACACUACACCCAAAACCAAGAGCAGCAAGAAAGCCAGCAAAGAACAAGGCCCAACGCCAACUGAAAAGAAGAAGAAAGGGAAAAGGAAAAAUGCUGUUCCAGCAGAAAAUUCUGAACAGGAGCAUUCAGCGGAAAAGACACCUUUGGCUACAGAGGAGCUGACAGAUGCACAGAAGCGUCGAUCAGGCCGUCAAGUAAAACGAAGGAAGUACAAUGAAGACUUGGACUUCAAAGUUGUCGAUGAUGCCGGUGAAACAAUUGCUGUACUGGGAACAGGGCGGAUUUCUCCGAACUCUGGGUCCUCACAGAAAGGAAACCAGACGAUGGAGAGUCAGGAGGAGGAUGAGUCUGCUGUCAUCGAGAAGAUUCUGGCUCAGCGAACCUUGCAGAAGGAGACCCCUGGUGGGAGCGUGCAGGAGGUGGAAGAAUUCUAUGUCAAAUACAGGAACUACUCGUACCUGCACUGCAAAUGGGCCACAGUGGAGGAGCUGCAGAAGGAUAAAAGGAUUCACCAGAAGAUCAAACGUUUCAGGGCCAAGCAGGCUCAGAUGAAGAACCUUUUUGUUGAGCCUGAUGAGGAGCCCUUUAAUCCAGAUUAUAUAGAGGUUGACCGGAUCCUGGAUGUAGCGCAUACGAUAGACUCUGAAACAUCAGAGCCUGUGACUCAUUACUUGGUGAAGUGGUGCUCCCUACCCUAUGAAGAAAGCACUUGGGAGCUGGUGGAAGACAUCGACCCAGCAAAGAUACAGGAAUAUGAGGACUUGCAGAUCGUGCCUGAAAUCACGCACGUGGAACGACCUCCUGCUGAAACAUGGAAAAAACUGGAGCUGUCGCGGCCAUACAAAGCGGACAAUAAACUCAGGGAAUACCAGCUGGAGGGAAUGAACUGGCUGCUCUUUAACUGGUACAACAGAAAAAAUUGCAUCCUGGCGGAUGAAAUGGGUCUGGGGAAGACAAUCCAAUCAAUUACAUUUCUGUAUGAAAUAUACUUGAUGGGAAUCCGGGGCCCUUUCCUCAUUAUUGCACCUCUCUCCACAAUAGCCAACUGGGAGCGGGAGUUUCGCACGUGGACGGAGGUAAAUGUCAUCGUGUACCACGGCAGUCAGAUCAGUCGGCAGAUGAUUCACCAGUAUGAAAUGCACUACAAGGACGCAGAGGGCGUUCCCAUCCAGGGAAUCUUCAAGUUCAAUGCAAUAAUUACCACCUUUGAAAUGAUCUUGGCUGACUGUCCUGAGCUGCGAAAAAUCCAAUGGAGUUGUGUGAUCAUCGAUGAGGCCCAUAGACUGAAGAACAGGAACUGUAAACUGCUGGAGGGUCUUAAGCUCAUGGCUCUGGAACAUAAAGUUCUUCUGACCGGAACCCCUUUGCAGAAUACAGUGGAAGAGCUUUUCAGCUUGUUAAAUUUUCUUGAACCCGUUCACUUUCCUUCUGAGUCCACCUUCAUGGAGGAGUUUGGAGACCUGAAGACUGAUGAGCAGGUGAAGAAGCUGCAGGCAGUGCUGAAACCCAUGAUGCUUCGAAGACUGAAAGAUGAUGUGGAGAAAAAUCUGGCUCCAAAGGAAGAGACCAUCAUUGAGGUGGAACUGACCAACAUCCAGAAAAAGUACUACAGGGCCAUCCUGGAGAGGAACUUCACUUUCUUGGCUAAAGGAGCUAACCAGGCUAACAUGCCAAACCUGCUGAAUACCAUGAUGGAACUGAGAAAAUGCUGUAACCAUCCCUACUUGAUCAAUGGUGCUGAGGAGAAAAUCCUGGAUGAAUUCCGUGAAGUGCACAAUCCUGACGCUCCUCAUUUUCAGCUGCAGGCCAUGAUUCAGGCAGCAGGAAAGUUGGUGCUGAUCGACAAGCUGUUGCCUAAACUGAUUGCUGGUGGGCACAAGGUGCUGAUCUUCUCUCAGAUGGUUCGCUGCCUGGAUAUACUUGAAGAUUACCUCAUCCACAGACGGUACACCUAUGAGCGAAUUGAUGGCAGGGUAAGGGGGAACUUGAGACAGGCUGCGAUCGAUCGCUUCUCCAAACCUGACUCCGACCGCUUUGUAUUUCUGCUGUGCACCAGAGCAGGAGGUCUUGGCAUUAAUCUUACUGCCGCUGACACUUGUAUCAUCUUUGAUUCGGAUUGGAACCCACAGAAUGACCUGCAGGCUCAGGCUCGUUGUCAUCGGAUAGGGCAGAGCAAAGCCGUUCAAGUGUAUCGCCUCAUAACUCGUAACUCAUACGAGCGGGAGAUGUUUGACAAGGCCAGUCUCAAGCUGGGUCUAGACAGAGCUGUGCUGCAAGCAAUGAAUCGCAGAGGAAACACUAAUGGGGUGCAGCCAUUGUCUAAGAUUGAAGUAGAGGAUCUACUUCGUAAAGGAGCAUAUGGAGCCCUAAUGGAUGAGGAGGAUGAAGGCUCAAAGUUUUGUGAAGAAGACAUUGACCAGAUCCUACUUCGUCGAACUCGCACUAUCACCAUUGAAUCGGAAGGGAAGGGGUCCACUUUUGCAAAGGCCAGUUUUGUAGCUUCAGGCAAUAGAACGGACAUCUCCUUAGACGACCCCAACUUCUGGCAGAAAUGGGCCAAAAUUGCAGAGCUGGAUAUAGAGUCGAAGAAUGGAAAAGACAGCUUGGUCAUCGACACACCACGUGUCAGGAAACAGACCAAACACUACAAUUCGUUUGAGGAUGAUGAAUUGAUGGAGUUCUCUGAGCUUGACAGUGACAGUGAGGACAAACCUUCAAGGUCUCGUCGUCUCCACGACAAGACCCGUCGCUAUCUCCGGGCAGAAUGCUUUCGGGUGGAAAAGAACCUGUUGAUAUUUGGGUGGGGCCGGUGGAAGGACAUCCUUUCGCAUGGACGGUUCAAAUGGCACCUGACAGAGAAGGACAUGGAGACCAUUUGCCGCACCCUCCUGGUCUAUUGCCUGAAGCAUUAUAAAGGAGAUGAGAAGAUUAAAAGUUUCAUCUGGGACCUUAUUACUCCUACAAAGGAUGGACAAAAUCAAGCGCUGCACAAUCACUCAGGGCUCUCAGCACCUGUGCCCAGGGGGAGGAAAGGCAAAAAGCUGAAAACGCCACUGUCACAGCCAGAGCUGAAGAAUGCUGACUGGGUGGCCAGCUGUAACCCAGAGGUGCUCUUCCAUGAUGAUGGUUACAAGAAACAUCUCAAACAGCACUGCAACAAGGUCUUGCUGAGAGUCCGAAUGUUGUAUUAUCUCAAGCAGGAGGUGCUGGGGGAAGCUGCUGACAAAGCUUUGGACGGUAUUGAUGCAAGUAAGCUGGAAGUCUGGAUUCCCGAGGUUGACUACAAUGAUAUACCAGUCGACUGGUGGGAUGGAGAUUCCGACAAGUCCCUGCUCAUUGGCGUCUAUAAACAUGGUUAUGAGCGAUAUAAUGCAAUGAGAGCUGACCCAGCACUCUGUUUCCUUGAGAGGGUGGGCAUGCCUGACGAGACCUCGCUGGCAGCUGAGCAAGGAGGUGUCGACCUGCCAGCAGACAUGAGCGAAGGGGUUGACCUUUGUAAAGGUGAUGACUCGGAGUUGAAGUCUGAUGGGCAGUUCAAAGACCAGCCAGAUGAAGAUGCAAACUCCUGCAUUGAAUCUGGAAUUACGGAGAAAGGGGAGGAUUCAAUCCUAGGCCAGGAUGGUACAGACAUUGACCGUCCACAGUGGCCAGUUGCAUCAGUGCUCACAGCUCGUCUUCGCCGCCUCAUAACAGCCUACCAACGCUGCAAUCGCAAGGAGCUGGUGAGGAUGGAAUCGCUGGCUCGCAAUAACCGGCGUCGCUGGUAUCCGCAGGAUGAGAUCUGGGGAAGGGUACCAGAAAUGGACAUUGUUACCAUGGAAAUCCAGCAAAGGUGGACAAGGAGGGAACAGACAGAUUUCUACCGCGUAGUCUCAACAUUUGGUGUGGUUUAUGAUCCAGACAAGAAGCAGUUUGACUGGAACCAGUUCCGCAGUUUUGCCAGGUUAGAGAGAAAAACGGACGGGAGCCUGGAGAGGUAUUUCCGAAGCUUCGUGGCUAUGUGCCGGAAUGUUUGCAGGCUGCCUCAGAGGAAAGAAGAGGCUUCCGAUCCAAACAUUUUUGUCGAGCCCAUCACUGAGGAACGAGCUUCAAGGACUCUGUACCGGAUAGAGUUGUUGCGCAAGGUUCGGGAGCAAGUCCUCCGGAGCCCGCAGCUGAACGAACGGCUGAAACUCUGCCGUCCCAGCCUGUACCUGCCGGUGUGGUGGGAAUGUGGUAAACAUGACCGUGACUUGCUAAUCGGCACUGCCAAGCAUGGUCUCAGCAGGACAGAUUACUACAUCCUAAACGAUCCUCAGCUUUCCUUCCGAGAGGCUCACAGAAACUACGUGCAGAACGGGAACACCUACUUCCAAAACGUGCCGGCACCUUGCAGCCAGUCUUCACUCAACUUCAGCCAGUCUGCUUCUCCUGCAUCCACUGUGCUCACUCUGGGGGAGAAGGACAAUAUUGAGCAGAUUGAUGUGGAGCAGGAGAAGAUGGAGGAGGCUUUGGAUGAUCCGAGCCCCCAGGUAGGAAUGCUCAGCGAGUGUUCGGAAGUGAAGAACGAAGAGGGUGCUGCUGAUGCUGUAAACAAGUGCAGCACUGCCCAAGCUAACCUCAGUCCAGCUGAUUCAGUGGCUGCAGGGAAUGAAUGGGGAGCUGUCAAUUGCACACAGACCAAGUUUUACACUGUGCCGAAAACACACAUCAAGUCUGAAGAGGCGAAUGAUGUGGGUGGAAUCUGUGCAGAUGGAGAUGGAGUGGAAAGUUCACAGAAGCCUGUGCUUGAAUCUUGCAGCAGUGCAGAAACUGUGCCAUUGAGAAAUUUGCAGCCUAUCUGUGUCGGUACUGUCCAGUCACCAGUGAACUGUCUAAGCUUUCUGCAGGUGAAAUCCAACGGUGUGUUAGAAGUGCACCCUGCAUCUGAGGAGAUGGUGGAUACUUCAGCACCUGUGUGUGGUGUUGCUGGAGUGCAGCCCGUGUUGGAUACAGUGCUUGGUGCCAUUUCUAAGUGUGACCUUGUGCAGGACAAGCAGGUUAAAGUGGAAAAUGAAUGUACAGUGGAUAAGAGCUCGACAGAGGUUACUGAUGGUGAGACGCCUGUGGGGGAACACAUUUAUGACAUGCAGAUUGACUAUCCAGGCGUUUGUCACACACAGACUACAACCAAUAGCACAGAUAAAACAUGGAGUAAAGCCGGCCAGCUGGCUGAAUCGAACUUUUCAGCUGCUGUGCCUGCAAGUCCGGAAGCCACCAAUGGUUCAAAGCCGACUGAAGCUGUGACAGGCACUGAUCAGCAAGGUGUGGCUAUGGAUGAGACUAGCUCAGCAGAGCAGGUGGGCGUCAUGACUGUUGCAAAUGAUGAAUCAGACCACCCAGAGUUCGAGACAAUUGCUGCAAAAAGCCUGCCGAGUGGAGCCCAGUCGCUUGGAGGUGCUUAUUCAAUGGUGAAGACAAUGCAGGAUGAGCCAGAAUCGUCCUCAGCCCAUGAGGGCAUUGUUCCCAUAAAGAGGGAGCUGACAAUCAGGCAUCUCCUUGAGGACUGCAUGAAAGACAGUCUCUGUGAAACAGAAGAGAAAUCUGAGGAAGAUAAUUCACAGCCUGAAGCUAUCCCACUGAAGAAUUUUGAUGAGGAGAGCAACACUUCUACCAGCCUGGUCCAAGAUGAGAUCCAGGACACCCUCCUUCAGGAUAUCCGAGAACCAACCAUUGCUCAGCUGUUACAAGAGAAAACACUCUACUCUUCUGCUGAGUGGCCUAAGGAUCGAGUUAUCAUAAAUCGCAUCGACAACAUCUGUCACGCCGUGUUGAAAGGGAAAUGGCCGUCAGCACAACAGCAGAACCUUGAACCUGCUGGUGUGAUGUAUUCCAUGGCUGCCCCUGCAGAGGGUCUGAACGUGAGGAGCUGCCUCAGUGUUCCCAUGCAGGCUGCACAUACUCUCAGCUUUGCUGAUGGCUCUGUCUCCUCCCAUCAGCUUCCAAAGGAGAGCUUACUUGCAUUAACGUUCCCGAGGGAUCAAAGGAGAAGGAGGCGGAAAUACGAGUUUGAGACAGAUCGAGGUGCAAAGAGGAAGAGCCAGGAGGAGGCAGUCCCAAUUCUCACACGCCCUCCUAUAAUUUUGAAUGGGUGGCAGGAAACUGCCAUGGACCUUUCAAAGGCAUCUGAAGAGGCUCCUGGCUCUGUGCCAGUCAUUAUUAGUACAAGCACCCCGAAGCUGGGCUCACUGGACCCCUCAACUGCUUUCAGGGCAGACAUGGCCGGGAUUCUGCAGGCAGGCCUCGUCCAUCCAGUCACAGGACAGGUGAUAAACGGCGCCUAUAGAGGAGAUGACACAUCGAGGAGGAGGAGAGGGCGACGAAAGAAUGUUGAAGGUGUUGAUAUCCUCUUCAUGAAGGAGAAAAAGCCAGAGAAUCUGGAGACAGGCCUGUCGAAGCAGCUUUUCUCUGGGGCAGCUCGCUCAGCUGACAACAUGGCCAGCAUGAUGAUUAAACUCCCUCAGGGCAAGCAGCAACUGGCAAACGAGGAGGAAGAGAAAAACAAGAGUCUGAUUGAGUGGUUGAGGCAGCAUCCCACGUACACCAUGGACGUGUCCAACCUGUCUCCCAAUUGCACCGCAAUUUUACAUGGCCUUUCAGAACGGCCGAAGCAGAGGAGGCAUCGCUGCAAGGAUCCCAGUAAACUGGACAUCAACUCGCUGACUGGGGAGGAAAGGGUACCUGUCGUUCAUAAGGGAAGUGGAAGGAAGCUGGGGGGAGCCAUGGCACCACUGAUAAAAGAGCUGGCACGGUGGCUGGAUGCAAACCCAGAGUACGCUGUGGCACCGGAGUGGGCAGAAAUCGUGAAGCACUCGGGCUUUCUACCGGAGAACAAGUUCAGCCGCAUCCUGACGGAGCCCGUGGUGAAAGAGGCUGGUGCCAGAAAGCGGGGGAGGAGACCACGGAGUGAAAUGGUCAAACCUGGCGGUGUUGUCGGUGACACCACCUCGGCAAUGGGACCAAUGUUCAUGAACGGGCUCAUCGCUGGGAUGGAUCUAGUGAGCCUUCAGAACCUCAGAAAUAUUCAUAACCUUCAGCUGGCUGGGCUGAUGGGAUUCCCAGCUGGAUUUGCCACAAUCCCUUCAGGAGAGGAUGGCAAGAACAGCCUGAACAUGUUGCCCAUGAUGCUCCCUGGGAUGGCUGGGAUGUCACACGUGUUUGGUGUCGGGGGAUUGUUGAACAGCCCAUCAGUGGUGUCAAGUACCAGUACUUCAUGUACGUCCACAUUGACGACAAGUGUUUCUUCGAAAGCAAAUAAAGGCAGCGAACAGCAGGGCGGUGCUGCCGAGUCGAGGAAACACGAGGAAGGUUCUUUAUCAGGGGAGAAACCAGGUCCGAGUUCAUCUUUCCCUGACUCUGGAGAAGCCAGAGUCACCACCAGCAACGCGUUGCCCUUCAACCCAUUCCUGCUGCACAGUAUGCCUGCCGGAUUAAUAUACCCUUCCAUGUUCCUUCCGCACGGUGUUAGCAUGGCGAUGCCUGGCUUUGCACGAGCCGGGCACUCUGAGGGAGACACCACUGGAAGCCCAAAGAAGAAGAGGAAGAAAGCCAAGGAGGAGGCUCCAAAUGAUGGGACUGAACCCUGCCCACAGCUAACAAAAGCAGAAGAGAGCACGAGAAAUUCGACAGACUCCACUGCCGUACAGGACAGUUCUGUGCAGGAGACUAAGAAAAACUCUGUAGAUGGUACUCAGAAUGCCGAGUAGAAUUUAUAUUUACUUUUAGGUCAACUUUUAGAUUUUCUUGAUUUAAUAUUUUAAACCAUGUUUAUGAUCCCUUCCUGCCUCGAACUGUUCUCUCCCCCAACCACCCUCCCCCUCCCCACCAAUCCUCCUCCCCACUCACACUGUGGGGGGUGCUUAGGAAUUUAAAGCAAUUGUGUUAAAAGACAUCCUCUGAGGUUGCUUUGAUGGUAAGUUUUAAGUGGUGACUGCAUUCUCCACAGCACAAACUCUGCUUUGGUUGUUGCUUCAGAGAUUAUGGUGGGCUAGUCUUUGGGGAUGGGAGAAGAGAGAAGUGAGGAGGCAAAAAUGUCCUGAUUCUCCAUCACCUAGAUGUCACAUAAGGGGAUCACCAACAGUAUUUCACCUCCCUUUUUUUGUAAUACCCUGGCCACAGGAGAGGAGGGAGGAUUCUGCCAGCUUAACUCUCUCUGGCUGGCAAGAUCGAGAGAGUUUAUGUGCUUGUCCUGCCUUUACACAGAACCAGUAGCCCGUUGGUGAGUCUGUUAUUAGGCAUUGCAUUAUGGCUUUGUGUCGCAAUCCAAUAAACUCUUUAUAGGAUUGCACACCUCACACAAUAGCCAUUCCACUUUCUCUUAUAUUGGAACCAAUUGGAGCAUUUGAUGCUGGGAGAAGGGAUGAGGUGAAUAAAAAUUACAGUGAUCCUUCGGGACAAAUCCCCUGGAAAAGUUUGCAAAUUAGACUUUUAAAAGAUACACAAAGCAUGUACAGAAUGAUUCUUUCUCUGGAUUGAGGAACCAGUUAGAAAGCUGAGUGACAAACCGAGGGGAGUUGCGCUGUAUUACUGGCAUUCUCAGCGUGACACACAUAUAAACCAAGAUCUGGUGGGAGCAAGUUCGUAGCCCUGUGUGAUACACAGAUCAAGAGGUUAUUUUGAGCCAAGCAGAUGUAAAUACUGGUGCUGAUCUAUAAAGGUAAAUUGAUGCCAUGAAACUCCAAUUAUAGAUUAGUUGCUUUUAGUAAAUGCAGAAAAUGCUGGAAGUACACAGGUCAGGCAGCAGCUAUGGAGAAAGAGUACAACAUUAUUGUUUGAGAUCUGUGACCUCGCAUCAGUUCUCUGGAAAGUCAUCAACCUGAAUCAUUCUCUCUUUUCUCUCCAUAGCUGCUGCCUGAUCUACUGAGUAGUUACAGCAUUUUCUGUUAUUGUUUCUGAGUUCAUCUGCAGUUUUUGCUUUUUAAAUAGUUGCUUGUAACUAGUUCUAGCUAAAGUUCAUCUGCUAAGGAACUGAUGAGGUAUUUGCCAGAUAUCACGCCUUGCUUUUGUCUGCUGUCAACAGCCAGAAUCUGUAUCCCUUCUGUCUGCUUGUCCUGCCAAUGUGCCAGCAGGCUGGUGCUCAGUAACCAGGCCUGCCAAAGAUUCCACCUCACUUCCCUCCUGCACCUCUGCACCCUCUGCACCAACUCCAUGAGACAGCAUCUUGUAAUUCAAAGUCUUGGCUUCUCAGAUUUAUGUAACACAUUUUGGUAGUACUGCUGACCCCUGUAGUAAGGUGUUGGGACACUGGUUUCCACAUAGCAAGGAGAUUCUGAAUCCUACUGUAGUAAUUUUGUGUAAUUAUAAAAUAAAAUACUCAGUAGGUGUGUGAAUGGAAGAUGAGGUUUUUCUGUUACUGUAUGACACGUUUUUUUUGUAUUUUAGUUGUUUUAUGAGGGUGGGAGGGAGCCAGAUUAUAAUCAAAUAUUUUCUGCCUUUUUUUAGUCUUUAGUUAGUGAAUUGUUAUUGAUUUUUAAACAACAAAAAAAAUUUUUAAAAGGGUCACUAAAGACCAAUUUUCUUGAUGACUCUUUCUGAAUCCAGUCCAUUGCAGAGUGGGUGGCAGUGUAAGUCCCUCAUUAACUUGGUGGAGCAUUGAGAACGUGGCCUGGGUUAGUAUUAUUUGAUGAAAUGCCCCUGUUCUCUGCACCCUCACCCACCCACACCCCACUUCCAACAUAUAGCUCAGAAGAUGCCAGAAUGCAGUUUAAUUGUGGCUAAUUAACAGAGAGGAAUAUCCUAUAAAGAAGUGAUAUCACAGUGGCAGCAUGCAUGGAAAGAGUUUUUAACUACACUCCCUUCCCCUUGGCCUACCCUUUGCUGCUUUGACAAUACCAGCAGACUGAGGCAACAGGUGGACGCUGGCCUCAGUUCAACCAAGCAAAUGUCCUGGUGCCAGGUCCUGAGACUGAGUUUGGAGAUGAAGCAGUAUCCUGGUGCCAGGUCCCAUGACUGAGCUUGGAGAUGAAGCUUUUUGUUGAUGGUUUAUUUCCAAAGGGAAUAUCAAGUUUUGAAGUAUUCAACGUUUACUGUCCACUGAAGUUUUUUUUUAAAAACAAAUGUUGGUUUUCAUUUUCUUUACUGUUACAACCUUACAUAACUUAUGGAUUGUGCUGAGGUCCAAAUGUUGAGUCAUAUAUUUCGUUACUACAUUAUUUAUUCAUCUGUUGAAUGUCUGUGUUUUUUAUUAUAUAUAAUAAUUAUUCUGAAUCACUAACUAUAAAAUUCUGUCUUCUGUUUUUUUUAACCUUAAAAGGCAAGCAAAUGGUCUUUGAUGUUUGCACGGUGUAUUCAGCAGUUUCAAGUUUGAAAACUUUAGAUUAUUUCCAAAAUCUUUUAUUGGAGAUGCUUUACAAAAAUGCACUGUGUUUGAUGAGACAGUAUCCCAUAUGUUUGUCUGCACUCAGUUCUGAUAAUCCAAAUCACUUCUGGGGAAAAGUGUACACUGUAGUUGGUCUCUUACUGUGCAAAGUUGCUCUCUGUGAUAUAAAGCAGCAAUUAACCCUGAAUGUCCCUGGAAAACCCAAAGGUUCUCUAAACAAUAGUAAUGGUAAAUGUGGAUCUGACUGUUAAAAUGUUCCACAAAUGAUGCUGCUUCGUGCAAAAUUGACAUUUGGGCUGGGGAUAAAAGAGUUAAAAGUAUCAGAAAUCAGGUGACUAAACAAUAUUUUCCUGCACCACCCACUGCCUCCCACCAGCGUUGUUGCAUCCUGUUGCAGUCCUGCCCAUCUAUUGCUUACUGAACUUGCUGAACUUGCCUUGUGUUACAUCAUGUUAACAGAGGUGUAGACAGCAAUCAAUUUACAUCAAGCAAAGGGAGGCCAAUUUCACACAGAUGGUUGAGAGAGGAGGCCAACUCUCCUUGUAUUAGUUGACCUUUUAAGAUGCUUUCAAUACAAUUCUGUAGUUAGUUUGGACAUAACUUGUCUACUAAGGUAAAACAGUUUGAGAAGUGAAAUAUGUACAAUCCCAGUAAGGAGCAAUGCAACGUGGUGAAGUAUCCAUUGUUGGGUGGUGCUGUGGAAGGAACCUGGUAGCAGGUGAUAUUUUAACUGUGUGUCAUCUGAAUUGCUGAUCGCUUUUUCAGGAAGGUGUUGUGUUGCAAUAUGAACAGCACAUUUAGACUGAUGUAUGGAGAAUGAAGUGCAGGUUGGGCUGUACCUGGCAGCUUGUGUUUCAUAUUUUCAAGUGGUUGGUCAAAGGGACUUGGGUGAGGUCCUGGAUGCAGGUAGCCUCCCUCUUUCAAGAUUAAGUUUAAAUAAAAGCUUUAAAAUUGGCCAGGGAAGCAGUGUCUUCCAAUUGAGGUGUUAAAAAAGCCUUUGUAAGAUAGCUGUGCACUGAGGCCUGGUGAGCACACAACAGUAGUUACUGAUGGCUAAAAGAAUCUUUGGUCAGCACCAAGCACCAGUGACUACACUGGAUUAGGGUGGCAAUGUAGGCGCACAGAGGCUGACCACUGGGGGAUCAGAAUGCAGCACUGUUCCGCGAACCAAUAUUGAAGAACUGACUGAUCCACACCGCCUGCAGAUUCCCAUUUCCCCUCUCUGGCCUCCUGGGUGUCUGUUUCAUGGUUUCUGAUGAGGCUAUCCCAUCAGUAUGACUUCCAAACAAAACAGUUUAAAGAGGGGAUCUUGAAGUUGACCAUCAGUUUUGCAUUGCUGUUGCCUUUUUUCUCUUUCCUGGUGACCACCCGAACCCAUCUCCAUCUCCCAGUAAAACAGAGGAGACCAUUCUACACAAUUCAAUUAUCUCACCCCUACCUACCAGACUUUGCUGACAGAUUCCAGCAAUAAGUAAUAAACUGACACAUCUGUAAUUCCCUAAUUUUUGCCUUCAUUAAAUAAUGGAGUGACAUAUGCAAUUUUCCAUCCAGAAGCACAAUUCUUGUAUUUUUGCAGCUUUUGAAAACUAUGACUGACGUUCUGAACUUUCCCAGCCUGUUUCUUCUGAUACCCUGGGGUACAAAUCCGUGUCUAACUUAAGUCCCAUUAUUGGCACAUUGUCUAAUUUGUAUUUAAAUACACUAAGUUCUUACCCUUUAUUUUUUUCUGUACAACUGAUAGUUUUCCUAAUUCCGUUUCGGAGGAGCACAAAGCACUGAAUUAAUGUGCCUGUCAUUUCAUUAUGGUCCGCUAUAGAUUUGCUGAUUCUAACCAGCCCAUAUUCCUUUUCACAAAUCUCAAUAAAUUUAAAAGAACUUCUUUAACUUUAUCCCUUACAAUUUUAUUAACGCCUUUUUCUACACCCUUUUCUGUAUGACAUAUAACUUUAUAUUUCUUCUGCUAGAUUCCCAACUUUCAUUUAUGCAAAGCCUUUCCUUCAUUGAGUAUGUUUGCUUAAAUAUAAAAGUGAAUCUAUUAAAUUUUAGAGGAAUGUUUGGUCCCUUGUCCAAAUAUUAUUUGCAGUAACGGUUGGUUUUCUACCUGCACCUUUUAACAAUAAUAAAUCUUGAGGGAAGGUUGUUCAGUUUUGUGAAUCUUGCUCUCUAUUUUCCUGAUGUAAUUUUGAUCUGAUGCUCGUGCUAUACUCUGUUCUGGUGUGAAAUGGAGACACAGACUGCAGAUGCUGGAAUCUGAAGCAAAAAAAAAACUGCAGGAGGAACUCAGUGGGUCAGGCAGCAUCUGUGGAGGCAAAGGGAUGGUCGACGUUGUGGGUUAAGACCCUGCAUCAGAUGCUGCUUGACCCGCUGAGUUCCUCCAGCAGUUUGUUUUUUGCUCUUGAUUUGUGAAAGUACAGAUUACAUAGCCCCAAGCCCCACUUUCUUGUUGUUAUCAGUCACACAAAUGGGUUAUGAGUAUUCAAGUCCUCUUUUGCUGUUACCCAGUGGUAAUGCAGAUCCAAGAGCGUUUUAGGAGAGACAGGAGCACAGUUUAGUCUUAAGUCAGGAAAGGCAGACCUCCGCGGACUUUGGUUUCAACUGUCAGUGAGAAUUCCAGAUGGCAGACUCGGUAACCAACUGUCACAAAUUGUUGGAAGGAUUGAUGGACAUUUACUGGAGCAAGAUGCAACACUUCUUGGAGUGAAUUACUGGUCUAAUGGACCUCCCACGUUUCAUAAGAUUCUCCAUUGUUCUUUUAUUCGGCCAUAAUUGGGUGCAAAAAAUUGUGCAAAUCCACUCCUGAUCAUACAGUCUAACUGACACAAGUAUUGUUGAAAUUGCUUUUGAGGAUAGUCUGUAUGGCUUGAGCAGACCAAUAAAUGGGAGUAUGUCUUUUUAUAACAUGAUAACUCUUACUCUGCAGUGCCCUGUGCAGACUUUCCAUUUCCUGCUACAAAGACUUCUAACACUAAAAGCUUAGCAAAGAGGAAAAAAAAGGUAUAAGCUUUCAAAACCAUUCCUGUUUGCAGAUAAGCCCUAUAGUUAUCUAUGUAAUAACGUGUUUUUAAAAAUAAAAAAAAAGAAUUUUGAGAAUUUGAUGCAGAAUGCGCACUACAGGGAGCCACUUUGAGUCAGACCUGGUCAGGAUGAAUCCUUUUACUUGAACUCUGCGAAGUAAUCUCACAAAGUUAAUUUUAUGGGAUCUGAUCCCUGUCUAAAGAGCACAUUUUGAGUGUUAUGGAAAGGUAACCUCAGUUCAUCAUUUUGUUUUUGCUCUUUAUCGUAAAUUGACCAAAUGCUGAUUGAACCAAUAACAAGGUACCUGUGAAGGAAUUGUGGGGGUGGAACGUCAGUUAGCAGCAGCAGACCAGGGUGAAUGAAUUGCAGUGGUUUAAAGCUGUGUUUGGAACAAGUUACAUUUAUAUCACAAAGCAAGCUGUAUAUUAUGAGAAACGAGCACAAAUUGAGAAUGGGAAGAAUGGGCUACAUAUCACAAGGCCAGACCUUCUGUAAAUAUAAAAAUAUACUUGACAUUCUUUAUUUAAAAUGCAGAGGGACUCUUUAGAGAAUUAUAGCAAUAAAUUAGAGAACUGUUAUGUGUUGUAUAAAGAAUUUGUGAAGUAUAUUUCUGUUCCUCUGUUCAUUUCAGCAGGCUUUGUUUUGUAAUGAGGCCACUGUAGAAUAAUGAGUAAAAUGAAAAAUUUAAAAAAAAUUUUAGAACUGCUUAGACACUCUGUUACACAAUGGCAGUGGAAAGUGAAACUAGACUGUGUGUAGUUUCUUCUAUUUAUCCUUUUAAUUUGUUGAGUUUUACUUUUUUAUAGGUAUUCCUUUUGUGUAAUUUAUAUAUAGGUGUACAGACUAUAUGCUGGUCACUGGUUCCACUCAGUUUCCUUUUGAGCUAUGUUUUUAGUUUGAUGUACCAAUUUUGUUUGGAUCAGACGGCAGCACUGAAAGAUAAGCCCUCUUGUAGACCACCCCACUUAAAUCAAUAAUUUUAAAUGUUUCAGUGUUCAUGAAAGGUAUGUGUGUUCUUGUUACCUUGUGCUAACUAGACCCAGAAAUAGCUGGAAGAGCCAGAGUUAAUUUCUAACUGCACCCUGCGGUUUGCUUAUUGGUUUUGGAGGAGGGUGGAAAUGAGUCAAACGUUUCUUGUGAAGCUGGAGCAUAAACCUUCAACCCUUUUGAAAGCAUUGCAUGUUGAACUGGCAAUGGAGAAAACAUCACCGCAGGAAUUACCUAAAUAAUGCCUUUUUCCAGAUGUACCUGUUUCAUAUCUCCAUCACAUUGUGGUUGGUCUGCAGUGUUUACACUUGGAGGUGAGCUGGUGUUCCAUCAACCAAAGGCUGCCAGUGGUAAUGGAGUUUGUCACACAACACCUGCUCCCACGCAUUGGUUUCUAACAGUGUGGCUUCUAUUCUCUUCUCUACUUAUCACUCUGCCCCAAAAAUUGCUUGGACCUUGAGGUGUGAAACAGGCAUCACUUGCCCAGGAAUGCUAAUGGGGUCCUGCAGAAAUUGCUUUGUGAUAAUGUAGUUUGACUUUGGAAUAUUCCAAUCAGUCCUGAAGGUUUUUUUUCAGUCGAGCAUUUCCAGUAACCUGGCAUUAAGUAUAAACUGUUCAGUGAUGAUUCAAGCACUGUGUUUAUUAACUUUUGUUUCCACUGUUGUUUCCAUUGUGUUGGAAACAGAAUAAAAUUUAACUAUCAAUAAAAGAAAAGAUAAAUGGAAGUUGAUAACUUUUAUAUUUUAGAUGUCUUAAUUUAUGAAUGAUUAGUAUAUGCUGUCUGUGAUGUACAGCUGUUCUAAAGUCCACAUUGUUGCAGUCUUAAAAACGUGUGCCUCCAUUGUGUGAUGGGUACAAGAUUGUCUUCAGAUCCACCAAGCCCUGCUUCAGCUUCCAGAGGUAGUCAGCUGAGGCUGCCCGUAUUAAUAAGGAAAUGCUCUCCCAAAUCAAUAAUUCAGACAGCUCAAGAAUAAUAACUGCCUGAAGAGAAUAAGGGAUGAGCAACCAAGAUUCUGCUUAUUCUGUCAGGUUAUUUCUGAUGGUCGUGGUUGGUCAGGGUCCAUGAGCAAGCGGGUGGCCUGCACCGUACUGUUCUAGCAUGACAGCUGUAUGGCAAGGAACUCCCAAAUAGGAAGGGAAUCAAAUAGCAGGAUUGCUUUGACAGUUGUCAGACAAAUUGUGACAAAUUUUGCUUUAUACUCAUGUGAUAGAAUGAUUUCCAAAUCCUACCAAGCACGAGAGAUCUCUUCCCCAUCCCACGCCCUCUCCCCAAUCGACCUACGCCACCAGUUGGAGCUGGUUUCCAAAUGGAGCAUCUAGGCAUUGGGUGAGAAGGAUAUGUAAUGCAAGGUUCCUGUGGCAAUCAAGGCUUCUUCCAAUUGUGUUUGCCCUUGUCUCCACUAAUGGCAUCAUGGCUUAGGAUUCUCUCUGCUCUUCAAUCUCUUACCAUUUUCCUGUUCUUAAGAUUAAGCCUUAGAAGACAUUGUUUUCAAAUUUAGUUGCAAUACUACGCUAAGUACUGAAUACCUCAUUUAUUUUGUAACAGUAUCCCCAAUUCUACUGAUAUGAUUGCUCUUGUAUCCUAAUCCUGUACCUGACUUGUUGAAAGCCUCAA